AUGAGAUCUAGACAUGCUUCACACAACAAGAAUCCAAAUUUGGUCGCGGUGCAUCCUGUGAGGCUAAAUUUAACCAAUAAGGCAUAUUUCCAUUCUGCCCUGGUGGUGCAGUGACGCAGUUCUAUCUCAGCCGAGCCUAGACAUGUUACAGUCCCAGCUUCCAAGGCUCAAUUGAAUUUGUAGAUCACGAUGGAUGCUGGAAAUACGGCCUUGGAAGAGAGGUAUAAAGGAGUUAUGAAAUUCUCGCAACAAGUCUUAGCAAGAAAUCCAAGCACAGUUAAUUCUAUUCAUUCUAGACUUUCCUCGCAGCCGAACCAACAGUUAUCUUGAGUACCUUCAAUAUGCUUUUUCGCAACGCAUUUCUAUCCCUCCUUCUACUGGUCAGUUAGUCCCUCCUCGCUAUUGCCGCGAGGCAGAUGAACAGCGAAGGCCAGGGAGGACAAACAACUUGGUACCAAACUGGCAAACUUGAAUCAAACAAAGACUUCAGCGUCGAAACCCUCCAAGACAUAGCCAAAGAAUUCUACGAAUAUGUCAUCGACAAGCCUAACGCCAGAACCAGCAGCACUAACGCAUGCAUCGUGGCUGUCUUUGGAGAUCGUCAAACCCGCAAAUUCACCGCAUCGACUAUUCCCCGAGGUCCCGUUAACGCCAGAAUGGGCCGCGAAGGACGGCAAAAGGCGCCAUUGUGGUACCAUCAGAUGCAGGCUCGCAACCGUCUCAGGAGCUCUGGUGGUGAGUUUCAUGCUGAAGAUGGUGCCAUGUUUAGGUGGGAAUCCUCCCCCGACUCCCACGGGCGAACCGGCCAUGGUGUUUAUCUCAAUGACCCCAUCAUGGGCGUUUAUGGUGACCCUGGUUUCCGCAACCCUGGCGUCAAGGACCUCAACCCCUGUGAAAAGUGUUUGCCCGUUGUGGGAGCGCUGGAUAUUGGAUACCAUGAUAGCAAUGGCGGACGCAGCAGCCCAACGUAUUCGGAUGGAAUUGAUGAUGAGGACAUGAUGGAAGUUGAUUGUUGAAGGCUUAUUGCUCACUGGCUGGUCUUGGAUAGCAUGAGAAUUGAUUCAUGCAACAGAUAAGCUGAC